CCCGUGAAACCCCCGGGAGAAGCACGGCGCUCAUCCCGUGUUGCGCAUGCGCAGUCGGGGAGCCGCGGCGGGUGAGGGCUGCUGCCGUAAAGCGCGGAGGAUGUCGGAGCGGGGUGUACCGGCGGAGCUGCCGGGCUUCGAGAAGCGGCUGCUGGUGACGGGCGGCGCCGGGUUCAUUGCUUCACAUGUAGUCGUCUCUCUUGUGAAAAACUACCCAAACUACCUGAUUAUAAAUCUAGAUAAGCUCGACUACUGUGCAAGCUUGAAGAAUCUUGAAACAGUCUCUGAGAAGAAAAACUACAAGUUUAUCCAGGGAGAUAUUUGUGAACCUAGUUUUAUAAAACAGCUCUUUGAAACUGAGAAGAUAGAUAUAGUCCUUCAUUUUGCAGCCCAGACUCAUGUAGAUCUUUCAUUUUGGCAUGCUCUGGAAUUCACCUAUGUGAAUGUUUAUGGCACCAAUGUGCUGGUUGCUGCUGCACAUGAAGCCAAUGUGGAGAAGUUUGUCUAUGUUAGUACAGAUGAAGUGUAUGGAGGUAGCACUGAUGAGGAAUUUGAUGAAUCCUCACCAAAACGUCCAACAAAUCCUUAUGCUUCCUCUAAAGCAGCUGCAGAGUGCUUUGUUCAGUCAUACUGGGAAAGGUACCAAUUUCCAGUUGUCAUUACACGGAGCAGUAAUGUUUAUGGACCACACCAGUAUCCAGAAAAAGUUAUUCCAAAGUUUAUAUCUUUGUUGCAACAGAACAGAAAAUGCUGUAUUCAUGGUUCUGGACUUCAAAGAAGAAACUUCCUUUAUGCAGCUGAUGUAGUAGAAGCAUUCCUUACUGUCCUAAAGGAGGGGAAGCCAGGUGAAAUUUAUAACAUUGGAACUAGCUUUGAGAUGUCCAUUACCCAGCUUGCUAAGGAGUUAAUUCAUUUAAUAAAGAAGACAACUUCAGAAUCUGAAAUGGAGCACUGGGUGGAUUAUGUCAAAGACAGACCUACUAAUGACCUGAGGUACCCAAUGAAUUCAGAAAAAAUGCACAACUUAGGAUGGAGACCUAAAGUGCCUUGGAAAGAAGGAAUAAAGAAAACAAUUGAAUGGUACAAAGAAAACUUUCACAACUGGAAAAACCCAGAGAAAGCUUUGGAGCCCUUUCCUGUGACAGAGCCAUUUGCACAGCUCAGCAGUCCAUAGGGUGUCAGAGAACCUGAAGGAGCUUGUUCUACCUCGUAUCUGCUUUUCUUGGAAGUCUGUGAUCAAGUGACCACACUGAACUCCUGGUGUAAUCAGGAUCACCAAAGGACAAUAAAACCAGAACUACAGUGCGGCACAACUUAAUGGAAGGGUUUCAGCACUUUAUAAGUCAAACCUGUUAAUUUCAGCUUUUGGUGCAAUACUGUCUUCUCACUAGGUCUUGAUUUUUAAAGAACUGUACAUGAUGAAGAAUAUUUAUAAUGCUAUAAAUUAGUGUAACUUGUUAAAUCGGCCUUAUUAAUUUUGAGCUAUUAAUUGUGAUUACAGCUUUUGGGACUUUCAAUGAAACUUCUUUUAGUCCUGGAAUAAUUAAUCAGUAUUAGUCUUUUUUUACAGUGUAAUAUAUUGGUUUUGUCACUUUAAAGAGUUGUGGUUUAUUUUUAAUCAAGGAAAAAAUUGAUGUAUUUUCUGGGGAGUACAUGUCAGUUGAUGAAAGCUAAGAUUUGGCACCCCUAUGGUUCAGUGCUUUUCUCUGUUGGUGCACUAUUACUUUAUGUAGGUGACUGAUUAAACUGUUAUCUACUCUGUAACCUUAAAUGGCCCUUUUUAAGGGGGGUGGUGGGGAGGGAAAGGUGUCAAGAAGUAGCAAAUGUUCUCCAGAAGCAUUCCCUUAACCUUCACUCUGCUCUAGGUGUCACCUUUUUUCUACCUUUUACUUGUUAAUUUAAUUUCCUUAACUAAUUGUAACAAACUUGAAAUACUGUAACACGAUUAACAUUCCAGUGAUGUUAUUUCCUGUGAUAUGAAGUCUAUAUAUGGAGAAAAAUUUUAAACACUUAAUUUUACUGUAAAUUGUGGGUCGGCACAUGUUAUUCAAUCCAGUUUUUCACUUUAGUUUUUUUUUUUGUGACAAACAUUAUAAAGAUGAAACAAUAUUUGAAUUGUAAUGUAAAGUUUGUGAGCAAACUUCAAUUCUAUAAAUACAUCAAUCUUUUAUAAUUCAUUUAGUAGUGAAAGUUGUGGUGUUAUUGAUUUAUCUUAAGUAAACAUUUUUAAAAAGCGGA